CUGUCCCGCGGCCCGGCGCGGGGAGUCUCCGAGAAGUCCACCGCGUCACGCCUCUUCUCCAGCCACUCCUUCCGCUGGUCCGACAGCAUGCUCCGCUGGCAACGCACUGCCUUCCACUUCCAGCCCGAGAAGAACUGGAUGAAUGAUCCUAAUGGGCCGAUGUACUACAAGGGAUGGUAUCACCUGUUCUACCAGUACAACCCGGAGGCGGCGGUGUGGGGGAACAUAUCGUGGGGCCACGCCGUGUCCAAGGACCUGGUCCGGUGGCUCCACCUGCCGCUGGCCAUGGUCCCCGACCGCUGGUACGAUGCUAACGGCGCAUGGACCGGAUCCGCCACCAUCCUCCCCGACGGGCGCCUCGCCAUGCUCUACACCGGCGCCACCACCGAGUGGGUCCAGGUUCAGAACCUCGCCUUCCCGGCCGACCCGUCCGACCCGCUCCUGCUCGCCUGGGUCAAGUCCGAGGCGAACCCCGUGGUCGUCCCGCCGCAGGGAGUCAACGUGAAGGACUUCCGCGACCCCACCACGGCCUGGUACGUGGCCUCUGAGGACGCGUGGCUCGUCGCAAUUGGGUCCAAGAACGACGCUCAGCGGCACGCCGGGAUCGUGCUGGUCUACAAGACGGCGGACUUCCUGCGGUUCGAACUGCUGCCCGACUUGCUGCACGCGGUGGAGGGCACGGGGAUGUGGGAGUGCGUGGACUUCUUCCCAGUGGCGACGGAGGAGGAGACGGGGCUGGACACGUCGGAGCCGGCGGGAGACUUUGUGAAGCACGUGCUUAAGGUCAGCCUGGACGACGACCGGAACGAUUACUACGCCAUCGGCACGUACGACGCCAAGAAGAACGAGUGGGUGCCUGACGACCCGGAGAAGGACGUCGGCAUCGGCCUGCGCUACGACUACGGCAGGUUCUACGCCUCCAAGACGUUCUUCGACCCCGUGAUGAAGCGCCGAAUCCUGCUGGGUUGGAUCAGCGAGUCCGACAGCGAGCGCGCCGACGCCGCCAAGGGCUGGGCUUCCCUCAUGAGCAUCCCCAGAACGGUGCUCUUUGACCAGAAGACGGGCAGCAACCUCCUCCAGUGGCCGGUCUCCGAGGUGGACACGCUGAGGCUCGCCGGAAAAGAGUUUGGCAGCCUCGAACUCGCCGCCGGCUCCGUCAUCCCCUUGGAUGUUGGCUCCACAGCCACCCAGCUGGACAUCGUGGCGGAGUUUGCGGUCAGAGAACCGGCGCUGGCGAAAGCGAACGAAUCCGACCUCGGCGGGUACAGCUGCAGCAACAGCGGCGGCUCCGCCGCCAGGGGACUGCUCGGGCCGUUCGGCUUGCUCGUGUUGGCCGACCAGGAGCUAUCGGAGCAGACCGCAGUUUACUUCUACAUCGGCAACGGAGCCGACGGCCGCAUGGCCACCCAUUUCUGCCAAGACGAGCUGAGGUCGUCGGAAGCCAGCGACACCGUGAAGAGAGUGGCCGGAAGCAUAGUCCCCGUGCUGGAAGGCGAAACCUUAUCCGUUCGCAUACUGGUGGAUCACUCCAUCGUGGAGAGCUUCGCACAGGGAGGGAGAAGGUGCAUCACGUCGCGGGUGUACCCGACGAGGGUAAUGCAGGGCGUAUCGAGGGUGUUCCUGUUCAACAACGCCACCGGCGGCGGCGUCACCUGCAAGUCGCUCAAGGUGUGGCAGAUGAACUCCGCCUUCAUCAGGCCGUUCGACGACUACGACGAGUCAUCGGCGACGAGAUUCAAAUACAGUUCCAUCUUCUCCUGGAACUUCCUUCACCUGUUCUGGAGCGUGACGAUGGAGGAUAUCGGAAAGAUCAACGUCACUAUGACAACAGGAGAGUACGAACUGUUCAAGGAGGCCAAGAGGGUAUUUGAGGAGAAGCUACCGAAGGGGUACAAGCCUCCAGCUAUUGGGGAAUACGAUGGUAGCAAGGACCCAGAGGAUCAUCUCCAAAAAUUUGAGAACGCUGUGUUGCUGCACCAAUAUAAUGAUGCUAUCAAGUGCCGAGUGUUCUUAAACACUCUGUUUGACUUGACACAAAAGUGGUUCGAUGGAUUGCUGAAUGGAUCCAUCACCUAUUUUCAAGACUUCAAGAACGCUUUCCUGCACCAUUUCGCCAAUAGUAGGAAGUAUCAGAAGAUAGACCACUGUAUCUUCGCCCUCAAGCAAGGGUCUGCAGAGCCCUUGAGAAGGGAGUUCUUUCAAACCCUCAUCCGAGAGCCUAUGAAGAAUUUUGAUGAGAAGCUGGGGAAGGCAGCCAACUACAUUAAUGUAGAAGAAUCCCAGGUGGCCCAGAGGAAAGCAGACAAGGUGCCUGCUCCUGCCAACAAAUCAGAGAAAAGGCCGCCCCAACCUCCAGCUCAACCCUUUCCUCGCUCCAAGGACACUUGA